ACUUUUCGGUAGAGAAUAGACAUAACCUCAAUUUUUUUUCGAAAAUGAAAUAAAAUUUAAUCUCUCGCGAGAGAAAAUCACGGGAAAUUGGCGUGAAAAUGAAGGAAAACAUCUGCGAGAGGAUAGAGAAUGAUGAAUUCUUCCAGAGUUUCCUCCGGGAGGGAGUGUCGAGUCAUCAGCCGGAACCCAGCAAAGUAUUCUCCUACACGGAACAAAUUAAUAAAUUAUCCGAAGGACUAGAUGCCCUGGCCACAGAGCUACAGAGUCAGGUACGUGAGCAACAUGGGGCUCUCCUGCAGCAGGCAAGUCAUGCUGGGAAGCUAAAUGGAACUCUGGAGACGGUUCAUGGGCACAUGAUGAGCCUCGUAGCUGCAGCCAAUCGCCUAAAGAACCACGUAAAUGCCCCCUAUGUGGUUCUGGAGAAUAAAACCAAAGUCCUGGGGAGAUUGCAUGAGACAACACACAUUCUCCGACAGGCAGGAAUCUUCCUUCAGCUACACAAGAAACUCCUGGCCACGAAGGAAUUUGAGAAGCAGGCAGUGAUUUUUCACGAAAUCGACUCUCUCAUCCAGGAUGAGGUGCUGAAUAGUGUGAAGUUCCUCCGGGAGGAGAUCACGCACGUUCAGAGCAAUCGCCGGAAGUUGAUUACCCUGGCGGACAAGGAGCUCAAUACAGCGCUAAAAAAUCUCAAUGUGGACACAGUUCAGCGGAGUUUGCAGAUCUUCUCGAACUUGCAGAUCCUCCGGAAGUACAUUGAUGAUCUCCUGGAGACUUUUAUUGGGGACAUUCGGCAAUCAAUUAAGGAAUGCUUCACAGCUCCGGAAACAAAGAUUCCCGGAACACGGGAUGCCGAGCAGAGGGCUGCCGCAAAGGGUGGUGGAAUGAAGGCUCCGGGAAAGGCACCAGCUCUCACGACUUCCCUGCACUUCCGCGCAAAGCUCUGGACGGCCCUGGAGUGGCUAUUUACGGAGGAAAUCUUCAACUACAGCUCCCAGAUAAGAUUCCUGCAGAAAUGUGUGAGGAAUAGUGGGCUAAUGGAUGCAGAUAUGGAGAUUGAGGGGCACUGGUGGAAGGGAUUGCAGGAUCUCCUCAAGGUCUCAUUCAGCAAGUGCCCACCACACAUUGGGCAAUGCCUCCAGCAGGGACUGCCCAAACUCGUGGCGGAGACAAAGAGUUUGUUCACAAAACUUCAAAUUGAGUCGCCUUUUGAGGAGGAGAUUUAUCAAUCACUGGAAGCGGGUUUCCUGGAGAAAUGCGGAAGUAAUCUCAAGGCAACUAUUGCCGCUGUUGAUGUACCCACGGAAGACACAAUUGAUGCCCUAAUCCGGGCUGCUUCCACGGAAUUGGGUACAGCAAUUGUGGAUCAACGUCUCUGUGACAUGGUAACCAAUGUGGCGAUUUCCUGCAAUAGGGAUGUGUGGAAUAAACUCGAAUCCAGCAUAAAACUCGGCACGGAUUCCAAGCAAAUCGUUGACAUUCCCAAUACAGCCCAAAUCCAGAACACAACCAUUGCAAAUCUCAUCAGCUACCAUGCUGAUGCAGUUGGGAGGAUGGUGGAGAACUUGGGGCAGACUUAUGCCACGUCCGGGAGUGCCAAACGCCUCCUGGAGAACCUCCAAGUUGGGCAGAACUUGGUGCUGGCAAUUCUGCAGCAAAUCUUCGAUUCUAUUGCAUCAGCUGUGCACGAUAUCAUGAUUUCCAUGCACAGGGAGCCAGCACUCAAUGUCAGCACCUCCAGCAGUGUCUCCUUGUACAUGAAAGAGCUCCAGGAGUUCCUGACACGCGUCUGGGGGGCACACAUUGGUCCUUUUGCUGACAAGGAAACAGUUGGGAAGUGUGGAAGGGAGCUGGCAUGCCGGUGCAUUGAACUCUUCAUCCGGAACGUUGCCAUCCUUCGGCCAUUGUCACAAAUUGGUCGGAAUAAGAUUCGUAUUGAUUGUCAGCAUCUGGAAGUAGUGCUUGUGGGGAUCAUUGGUGACUUGGGAGCUCUGGGAAAGUCCUUCCGGGCAAUUAGGGCAUUCAACACCAUCCUCACGCUGACCCCGAAAGAAUUGUCUGAACAUUCAAUGGAUCCGGACAAUCCCAUUCCCUCCUACAUCCUUCUCCUCAUGAUGUUCAGCUUUGCCGGUGCAGAUCUCACCAGCCCCAAUGUUACAGCUGGAUGGUCAAAUGAGAAGCUAAUGCAAUGGCUUGAUGGACAUACAUCCAACAGGGAGAGGCUUGAAUUAAUUUCCGGCGCCCUCCACAAGUACCGGAACACAGUGAGGCAGAAGAAUAUCACUCAAUACGACCCGGUCUAUCCACUAAUUGCUUCAGGAUUGGAGAAAGCACUCCAGAGUCUCUGAUAAAUCGGGAAAUCCCAAAAGUGAGGUUAUGUAGUGGGAAAUUUCAAAUUUCCCGCGUUCUUGUAUUGUCAAUAAAAGAGAAAGUAA